UAAAUUCUCCAGGGAAUCAAUCUAUCUCAGAAUUUGACAUGGGUCCGUGUUUUACCUGCCUUGCCUCCUCAAAACACAAAUAUCUUCACAAUCUUAUCUCAGAUCACAAGUCAAAGGCAGUACUAAUUCCUACUAUAAAUUACUUGGCAUAUCAAGAGCUUGCUGCUGCAACCCAAAACUUUAGUCCUGAGUGUUUGCUUGGUGAAGGCGGGUUUGGACGGGUUUAUAAAGGUCACAUCAAAACUACUCACCAGGUAGUUGCUGUGAAGCAGCUUAACCAAGAUGGGGUUCAAGGGCAGAGAGAGUUUUUUGUGGAGGUUCUGAUGCUUUGCCUCUGCCAUCAUCCAAAUCUUGUCAACUUGAUAGGUUAUUGUGCAGAUGGGGAUCAAAGACUUCUUGUUUAUGAGUAUAUGGCGUUGGGCUCUCUUGAGGAUCAUUUGCACGAUCUUCCACCUGAUAAAGCACCUUUGGACUGGGAUACAAGAAUGAAGAUUGCAGCCGGCGUAGCAGAGGGGUUGGAGUAUUUACAUGACAAAGCUGAUCCCUCGGUUAUAUAUAGAGAUUUAAAAUCUUCAAACAUCCUUCUUGGCGAGGGAUUUCACCCUAAACUGUCAGAUUUCGGACUUGCAAAACUGGGUCCUACUGACGGUAGGUCUCAUGUCUCUACACGCGUGAUGGGCACAUAUGGUUACUGUGCCCCCGAGUAUGCCCGCACCGGUAAACUCACUCCCAAAUCUGAUAUCUAUAGUUUUGGGGUCGUUUUGCUCGAAAUCAUCACUGGGAUCAAGGCCAUUGAUCCCUCAAAAACUCAACCAGAAGAAAAUCUUGUAGCCUGGGCUAGGCCCCGUUUGGGGGACAAAAAGAAAGCCUUUAAAACGGCGGAUCCACUGCUGGGGGGGCGGUAUCCCAAACGGGCAUUUUAUCAAGCACUAACAGUGGCAUGCAUGUGCGUACAUGAAGAAGCUGCAUCAAGGCCUUUAAUCAGAGAUGUUGUAACCGCUCUCACACAUCUUGCCUCCGGUGACACUAUUGCCGGCGGCGGCGAUAUAGGCAGCUCCUCCGGUGACAACACUAAUUGUGCAGAUUACUGGACUCCACAAGAUUCAGAUAGGACAGAGUUGAUAUGGGGUGGGGAUAAAGACAGGAGAAAGCGUGCUGUUUUAGAGGCAAUGGUUUGGGGUGAGAAGGGGCCGCAGGAGAAUAAAGAAAUUGUUGAAUGGAGACAUGAUUAA